AUGGACUCCACGCGCGACGACGUGCACACACCCAGCAAGCGGCACAAAGGCUACAACGGCUUCCCUACUCCCACAGACGGCCACGAGCAGCAACCGCCGCAAUCAUCGCCGUCUCCUUCCCCUGGUCAAGCCCAGGCGCAGUAUUCCGCGCAACAAGCGUACGCCUCUCCGCAGCAAGCGUACGGCGCACCCCAGCAAUUCACCUCCCCGCAGCAACCGUACGCGUCCCCUCAUCAACCAUUCAACACGCCGGUCACCGCGUCGCAUGCAGUCGGCCCGGUUUCUGGAAACAACGGGAUCGGUGGUUCGCCCUUGACUACCGCCAUGGCUCCCCCCAGCGCUCCGUCAGUCGCGCUGGAGCUAACGCAUGGCGGCUCCCAACCUGUCUCCGCUGCCUCUACCCCUGUCCGCGCGCAUUUUGCCGACGCGUCUCAAUCUACCCCUGUCCGCGCGCACCAACCGCACUCCCCCUCCCCCGCCUCCGCUGCUGCGCACGCGUCUGCGGUCACGGUUGUGCAGGCAUCUCCGCUUACUGUUGCGCCCAGUCCCUCCCCAUCUCCCGCUACGGGUACUCCCGGAGCCGUCGCAGCGUCGCCAGGCGGAGUAGGUGCGUCGCUGGGUGGAGUAGGACCGUCGCCAGGAGGAGUCGCAGCGUCGCCAGGGGUCGCAGGGUCAAUGCACGACCCGCCGUGCGCGGCGUGCAAGUCGCUGCGGCGGAAGUGCACGCGCGAGUGCAUCUUCCUGCCCUACUUUCCCCGUGACGAUCCUGAGAAGUUUGCGCGCGUGCACAAGGUGUUCGGAGCCAGUAACGUGUCCAAGAUGCUGCAGGAACUGCCCUUACACCAGAGGGAGGAUGCAGUGGCGAGUCUAGAUUCCACCUCUCCGCGUCUCCCGGCUGUUCCGUUUGUCUUCGACCAGAAAGGAAACGUUGACGAGAAGCAGAUAGGAAAGCUCGCGGAUUACGCGGCGGGAAACCCGGACCGCAUUCCGAAGAUCGUGGCGAAGCUGGAGGAGCGAGCCAUUCCAGAGCUGCGCGCCGAGCGGUUCAACUCGCUACCCGCCGUGGCUCGGUCGUACUCGAAACUGCUCUCCUCGUGUCAGAGCUCCCUCGCGCUGCUGGCGUGGAGCGUGCUGAGCGUGGUGCAGAAGCUGCUGCAGAGCAAGCGAGUGGACGUGCGGGUGCUGGGCUGCGACCUGCUCGCGGAUUUCGUGGACUGCCAGUCGGAUGCCGCGUACGCCGCGCCCAUUCAGAAGCUCUGCCCUACACUCGUCGCCAUGGCGCACGAGGCCGGCUCGCAGGAAGACUCCCGGGCCGCCAGGUCAUCCUCUUCGUCUCUUACUUCUCCCAGCCCUGCGACUGCCUUGACCAGGGCAGACCGCCAUUCCUCCAACCCCACAAGCUGCACGCAGCAGCAUAUGCAGCUGCUGGCGGCCGUGCUGGACAACUACAAGCCGCACGCAGCAGGCGCCGGGGACGAGGGGGCAGCAGCAGCGGAGAAGGUGCGGGAGAGGACGCACGAGGCUCUCAAGAAGCUGACUCUUCAGCAGCAGCAACAACAGCAAGGGGGUGGUGGCAAGGAGAAAGAGGAGCUGCAUCAGGAGAGGAAGCUGGUCACUCCACUGCCCUCCAAGCAGGAGCUACAGCACCCAGAAGUGGCAGCGUUGGUGGCGGUAUGGGCUCUCGCGCACAUGUUUGCAGCCGCGGUGCCUCUCUCCUCUCAGCAGGUGCUGGCGCAUCUGCUGCUCUACCUCUCCAACGGCUCCCACUGGGCCGACUUCGAGGCGCCUCAAAACCACUGGGUUGCACCCCUCAUACAAGAGCUACAGCACCCAGAAGUAGCGGCGCUGGUGGCGGUGUGGGCGCUGGCGCACAUGUUUGCAGCCGCGGUGUCCCUCUCCUCGCAGCAGGUGCUGGCGCAUCUGCUGCUCUACCUCUCCAACGGUUCCCACUGGGCCGCGCCUGCUAGCCAAGGCGACGCAGCAGCAGCAGCAGCAGCAGCAGCGGGGGCAGGGGCGGAGGCGGGGGCGGCAGGCAGGGGAGGGGUUGCAGGGCAGCUGUUAGAGGAUAUCUGUCUGGCUCUCCGGUUCCUGGCCACUCGCUCUCCUUCGCCCACCAAGGAGGAGCGGCGGCUCCUACUGGCGCUGCUAGCAGCAGUGAUCCGCCACGCGGACUCCUCCCCCGCCCUGCGCUCCCCCCGCAUGCGCCACGACGCCCUUGCUGUCGCGGGGGGGCUGCAGAUGGCGCACCUGCUGCUGGCGGACGGGGGGAAGGAAACCGGGGGACAGGGCGCAGGGGGAGGGCCUGGGAUUGGGGAGGAGAAAAGGGAGAUUAGCGCAGGGGGAGCGGGAGGGGCGGUGAGCAUGAGAGGAGGGCCGGAGGCAGCGAGUGAGGUGCAGGCUGUGGGCGACUUAUUGCGGAUACUGAAGCGCAGUAUAGUGGAGGAGAAACAGGGGGGCGGCAUGGACGAUAAUAUCAUAGGGGAGGGGCAGGUGGGGGGUGGCGUGUCGUUCAGACGGAGACAAGGCGAGCAGCCUGCUCUGCAGGAGCAGGCGCUGAAGCUGCUGGUGCUCGUGACAUCGUUGCAUGCGGGCAGUCCAAAGGACCGAGCAGCGCUGCUGCUGGACGACACGGCAGUGUUCCUCGAGUCCCUGCCGUCCGACCCCUGGGGCUCCUGGGCCACACUCGUUGCUGCAGAGGCUGCUGCCGCCGUUGUCGUGCUGCCCGUGGCUGUGGCCGUGGAGAGAAACGAGGGGGAGGAGGGGGGGGAAGGGGAUGAGGGGGAGGAGGGGAACAGGAAGGGGUCUGGAACCUUGGGAAGCUUCCCGGAUGCUGCGCUCCUCAGCAUCCUCCGUGCCUUCCUGCACCCGCACUCCGAGACAAGAGACGCUGCCCACCACCUGCUGCAGCUGCUUCUCCGGGGCCCUGCAGCCUUCCCACCAAAUGACAGGGACUGCUACGGCCUCGUUAUUGCAGCCAGUGCUGUCACCACCAGUGCUUCUGCUGCUCAUCCACUGGCCUCCAUAGAGGACAUUAAACGGCCCCCUCUGUCCCCCUCGCCGUCCCAACUCCCUCUGCUACUAUCCGCGCUCUGGCUGCAAGCAGCCAUGCCCUCCACCGCCCCCAAGUCCCUCUGUGCCCUCUCCUCCACCUUCCACGCCCUCCUGCCCUGCCUCUCCGCCCCACCUCCCCCUCCCUCUUCCCCCGCCUCCCCCUCCUCGCAAUCCCUGUCCUCCUCGCUCCUCCAGUCCUUCCAGCUCGCUCUCUCCCUCCGCCGAAAGGCCCUCUCUCUGCCUUCCGUUGCAGCACAAGGGGCAGAUGGGAGAGGGGGAGGGGGUGCAGGGGCGGAAGUAGAAGAAGAGGGGGGAGGGGGUGGGGGAGAGGCGGAGUGGACGAUAGGGCCGGUGGAUCGGCGGUCGGUGUUCACUGUAGCCACUGCCAUGCUUGCAGGUCUGGCUGGCAGCCUGGGCAUGGAGGAGGUGGCGGCGUUUGUCCUGUCUGAAGAGGCUUCGUCGGCUGCUCUGGCCAACCCCUUCCACGUCAUCAAUCCCGACGGCACGCUCUCAGAGCGCCGCCCGCCCACCUCUCAGAGUGCGUUCGGCUCGCCUGCUGACUCAGAGCGGGCGGCGGCUGAGCUGGCAGGGGCGAGCAGCAAAGAGGAGGAGGUGCAGGUGCAGCUGGGGGAGAAGAUAGCUGCUGCAGUUGUAGCUGCGUUCCCGGGUCACUCGGUGGAGCCAGCAUUACUCCUGGCGCCGUUCCACCCAUCAGACUCUCUCGCCCUCACACCUGCAGCCGACAUGCUCGCUGCUGUCGCUGCCGACUCCGCUGCUCCCAUCCUCCCCUCCUUUGAGGACUUGCCGGCUGCCAUUCCUGAUGAGGAACUCUUCCGAGCCUCCUCCGUCCCGGACCUGGCCAGGCCCGGCCAAGGCAGCAACGAUGGGAGCAACCGAGGCUCGGACAAUGCCGGUGCUGCUUUGGCGGAUGAUAAAGCAGGUGCAAGUGACGGGAAGAAGACGAGCGGCAAGAAACGUAGAGCGGAUCCAGCCAAUGAAGGCGAUCCACGUGUCGGCGCGGACAUAGGCACCGUUGCGACAGCGGUAAGCACGGCGGGAGGCGCGGCGUCGGCCGGUGAAGGGAAGAAGAAGAGAGCGCGGAAGGCCAGGGGUGAGGGGAGUGAGGCGGGCGCGCAUAAGGAAGAGGGGGGGGAGAAGGGUAAGCUUACGGAUGAGCGGGAUGAGGCGGAGGAGGACGGGGGAGAACAGGGGGAAGCGGAGCAACAGGGGGAAAUGUCAAGCGCAGCAGCUGAGGACAAAUUGGUAGCAGGGGCGGAAGAUGCGGAAUUGGGGGAAGAUGCGGAAGAGGAGGAAGCGGAAGAGGGGGAAGUUCCGCAAGACGACAAUGAUGCCCACGGGUUCGUGGAAGCGGACGCGGAGCUUUCCCCGCGCGAGCUGCUUCCGCAACUAGACGCGGAGGCCGCCAGCCAGAGGCGCAUCAAGGCGCACAAGCUGGUCGCGGAAGCGGCGGCGGCCGCUGCGCGGAGUGCCACCCAGGGGAAAGAACGCGGAAGCGGUAGUGGAGGGGGAACGGCGGCAGCAGCGGCGGCGGCGGAGUGGUUUCAGGCGCAGGUGGUGGCGAACUGCGGCAGAAGCAUGUCGUCCGUUGAGCGCGAACGAGUGAUCCCAGCCUCGUCCAUUGCGAUCUACAACAUCCACUCACCCUCCUCGCCGCAGCAGCCCGCCCCCAGCACCACCACCCAGGCGCCAGGUGCGCAACCGGGCGGCAGGGGACCGGGCGGCGGGCAAGCGGGCGGCAGAGGGGCGGGCGGCAGGGGAGCAGGGAGGGGAGGUAAGGCCGGCAGCGAGUCUGCCGCCGCCCACGUGGGGCCGAGUCUUGUCGACCACCUGAAGCGCAGUCUCGGCGCCACGUGGCGGUCGCUGCUGCUGCCACCUGGCGACAAGCAAGAAACAGACAAGGAUCAAAAGAAGGGGCAAGGGCGGAAGCCAAAGGGGCAGAAUCAGCAGCAGGGGCAGCAGGGGCAGCAGGGGGGGAAAGAAGAGGAGGGAGACGCAGAGUGGGAGGCGGGGAGUCCGGUGGUGCUGAUAGUGUCAGCAUCGGCAGUGCGGUGUGUGGACCUGCUGAGGGCGUGCAAGGGCGUGGGGCGUGGUUGCCGCGUGGCCAAGCUGUUCGCUAAACACCUGAAAGUGGAGGAGCAAGUUGAGAUGCUGAAAGGGCCCGUGCACAUCGCUGCUGGCACCCCCAACAGGCUGCUGAAGCUCCUCUCAUCCGGUGCCCUACGUCUUGCCUGUCUCCGUGUGGUGGUGCUGGACAUGCUACCAUCGCCCAAGGCCUUCACCCUCCUCUCCAUGCCUGACGUGCGGGUCGAGUUCUGGGAGCUGUAUCUGAAGCAUCUGCACGAAUCGGUUCUCUCGGAAUCUGCUGUGCUGGCGCUCCAUGAUUGGACCGGUGACACUUCGCCGCCCAAAGCGGGCGGCGGGAAGAAGCUUCCUGGAGAGCAGAUGAAGGGAAAGAAGCGGGCGGCAGCCGGUGCAAGGCGGGAAGAAGGAGAGGAAGAAGGAGAAGGAGGAGGAGGAGCAGAGGAUGCAGGAGACACAUCAGGAGGGGAAGAGGGGUUGCAGAAGAAGCAGAAGAAGCGCAAAGCUUCAAAGGCAACUGCUGGAGCUGAGAUGAGUGGGGCUGUGGAGGAAGGGGCAGGUGGUGCGGCAAGGGGACCGGCAGGAGACGAGCGCAAGGGGAAAGGGAGGCGUGAAGGGGGGAGAGGCAGAAGGGGUGGUGGUGGGGGGAGGGGUGGCGGAAGAAGGGGUGGUGUGGGGGGAGGUGGUUUGGUGAGAGGUUUUGGGGGAAGAGGUAGUGGUGCAAGGGGUGGCGGGGGAAGGGGUGGAAGGGGAAGAGGCGGCGGGGGAAGGGGGGGGAGGGGGCGGGGCGGUGGUGGAAAGCGCAGUGGUGAUUGA